CAUGCACUGAUACGCAUCUAUUACAAAUACAAUAUUGUAUCUUUUUUCGCUCGAAAUUAUAAAUUUUGUGAAUCGUUCAAUAUCGUUUUUACUAUGAUGUCUUUUACGGGAAAAGUUAUUCUGAUAACAGGAGCCAGUUCAGGAAUUGGAGCUGAAACAGCUAAACACUUUGCUCAGCUUGGUGCAUUGCUAUCGAUAACAGGGCGUAAUAAACACAAAGUAGCCGAACAAUGUGGACAACUUAAACCGUUUAUUAUCACAGGAGAUUUAGCCAAUGAGAAUGAUGUGAAAAAUAUUAUGACGAUCAAGCAUUAUGGCAAAUUAGAUGUUUUAGUUAAUAACGCUGCAAUUGUAGAAUUAUGUAGUACAGAAACUCCAAGCUUAGAACAGUACAAUAUUUUCAAUGUAAAUAUUCGGUCAGUAUUUCAAUUGACUACACUAGCAGUGCCAUAUUUAAUCAAAACGAAAGGCAACAUUAUAAAUGUUUCAAGCGUGACUGGAUUACGACCACUUAAGAAUAAUCUGCCAUAUUGCAUGAGUAAGGCGGCUCUGGAUCAAUUUACGCGUUGCGUUGCUUUAGAAUUGCAUCACGACAGGUGCGUGCGUGUGAAUUCCGUAAAUCCUGGCGCUGUACCAACAAAUAUCCUUCAGAAUUCUGGACUGAUCCAAGAACAAGUUAAAACCGUUUUCGAGCAAUCGAAAGGGAUGCAUGCUUUAGAAAGAAAUGGUGACACUUUGGAAAUCGCAAAAACCAUUGCAUUUCUAGCAAGUGACGAUGCUAGUUUUAUUACAGGGGUGACAAUGCUUGUAAAUGAAGUUUCGCCGUUUUGUGAACAUUGUUCAGUAUCAUUUUUUAUUCAUUGUACUACCAUAAUGUCUUUUGCGGGAAAAGUUGUUCUGAUAACAGGGGCCAGUUCAGGAAUUGGAGCUGAAACAGCUAUUCACUUUGCUCAACUUGGUGCAUCAUUGUCGAUAACAGGACGUAAUAAACACAAUUUAGAAAAGGUAGCCGAACAAUGUGGACAACCUAAACCGUUUAGUGUAACGGGAGAUCUAGCCAAUGAGAAUGAUGUGAAAAAUAUUAUCGACUCGACGAUCAAGCAUUACGGCAAAAUAGAUGUUUUAGUUAAUAACGCUGCAAUUACAGAAUUCGGUAGUAUAGAAACUGCAAGCUUAGAACAGUAUGACAAUAUUUUCAAAGUAAAUGUUCGAUCAGUACUUCAAUUGACUACACUAGCAGUGCCACAUUUAAUCAAAACGAAAGGCAACAUUGUAAAUGUUUCAAGCGUGGCUGGAUUAAGACCACUGAAGAAUAAUCUGUCAUAUUGCAUGAGCAAGGCGGCUCUGGAUCAAUUUACGCGUUGCGUUGCUUUAGAAUUGGCAUCACGACAGGUGCGUGUGAAUUCCGUAAAUCCUGGUGCUGUAUCAACAAAUAUCCUUCGGAACACUGGACUAACCCAAGAACAGAUUAAAAUCUUGUUGGAGCAGUUGAAAGAAGGGCAUGCUUUAGGAAGAAUCGGCGACACUUUGGAAAUCGCAAAAACUAUUGCAUUUCUAGCAAGUGACGAUGCUAGUUUUAUGACAGGGGUGACAAUGCCUGUAGAUGGAGGUUGGCAUGCUACGUCUGCUCAAUCGAAUCUAAAUAUUACCAGGCAAUAAAAUGUACACUCCAACAUACAGAAAAAUUUGGAGAA